GGUUUAAGGUGAAGAAUUGAUGCUUGUAAUUAAUGGGCGGGGCGGGUUAUUAAAGGUGUCGUGUGGUUGCCCCGUGCGCUUCUUUGGCAUCUGUCAGUUCAGAUUUUUGAGUUGUUGAUUUUUUUUUUCUUGGAAGAGAGAUUUACGGCCCCUUCUUGCUCCAUGCUGUGGACCGGCUGGGGAGGGAGGCAGCGGUGACGACUGGCAGUGCGCACAGCAGAGAGACUUUCAAGGGGCAGGCAGAGUCUGCAGGCAGGAAAUAGCCAUUCAACAGAGCAGGGAUCUAUCUAUACACGGCGAAUUAUAAAGUUGUAGUUAUCACAGAGCAGAAAGGGGGAGUGUCGUUGGAGGAGCACAAUACGCCUGAAUCUCUAUUCCAGGGGCCGCUGGACCAGGUUUUAGCGCAUGUAGAGAGGAGGAGGGAGGAGGGAGGUGGAGGGGGCAGUGAGUGAGUACGUUUCACAGGAUCCAGGCCUAGUAGUAUUGCCGCUGGGACUCUCCUCAUCCGCUUUCAAAAAAUUGGAAAUUGGCACAUUUAAACGCCAAAAUUAGCGGGUAGAGGGUCACGUUAGUGGUGGCCGACACCGGAAUGGGAGGAACCAUGUCAGCAUGAGCGGGCCUUACUCGGGCCCUGGUAGAGAGACUCAUCAGUCCAGCUGCCCUUUGACCUCCAGCCGAGACUUCUCCGCCCACUCCUGCCCCUCCAGACACCAUGACUGCAGGGUCGGGCUAACCAUGUCUGCCGCCGCCUCCUCCCUCAAACAUGCCUCUGCCUAUGGGUUUACACAAAGGGACCACUCCUCCUCCUCUUCUUCUUCUUCUUCCUCCUCCUCCUACAGUCCUCUUAGGAGGCUGCAACAUCUCACCACCAUGGUGAGCCAGCCUGACCUGGUUCUGCCGGUGAGGGAGCCAGAGAGGAGCUGGGAGUGGGGGGUGAGUAAAAAGGAGAGUGGGAAGGGGAUGGAGAGGGAGAGGGACUCCUGGGCUGAUUGCACUAGCAGUGAUUAUUCUGGCACCGGGAACACUAGCAGGGAGGAGAGCUUUGGGGGCUCUACCGCUGGACCAAAACAACCCGUGGUUCAAACUAGAAGUCGAGACGGGCCAGCGGUCAAUCGCAGCGAUCCUCUGGUCUCUGAGAAAAAGACAGAAGGUUGUUUCUCAGGCCCGCCCAGCCCGGCCUUCUCUCUCGAUAGCAACAGCCCCUUCGCUAACGGCUUCCUCCACUUUGAAUCCUCUUUGUUUGAGGAUGAAGACAACGACGCAGAGCGCAACACGGUGUCACCUCUGGGAGGAGGCUUGCAGGACAAACACAAGAGGGCGGGGAAUGAUCUUCAAUCCACUCCUGGACACUUGAAUUUGGACUGCAAAGAUGCCACCCUGUCGUCGGCUAAGGUGGUCACCCGGUCCCAGUCUUCGGGUCAGCGCAGGAGAUACUGGGACGGCUCCGAUGACGAGUGGGAGAGCGACACCGAGCUGUUGCUGUUUGGAGAUAGUCCCUCAAGGCAUUCAAUGAGCAGCCUCAAGAAAAAGUCUUUGCCGCCUGUAAAGUUUUUAGAGGGUGAAGUUAUUUGGGCAAAGUUCAACCGAAGACCAUGGUGGCCCUGUGAGGUGACCGUUGACCCUGCACAGGGAAUCUAUCACAGAGUAAAAGAACCCAGUGACCGGCCCUGUCGGCUCUACCAUGUCAGGACCUUUGGAGAGCCUGUUGAGCUAACCUGGGUGGAGGAUAAAGCAACUCACAGUUUCCACGGAGGCUUUGAAUUUGAACAGCUCACCCUACUGCGCCGGAAGGGGAAGCAAAGGGAGCAGAACUACAAAUACACUAUUGCAAAGCGUUUUCAGGACUCUUGGAAAUUGGGUGUGGCGGAAGCUGAAUUUGUUCUUCAAGAGCGCUCCAAAAUGGCUUCUUCCAUUACUUCGUUGAUAGAUGAUGCCUUCCACGACACUCCCACGCGAGAAAGAGAGAACAAGGCACGUCCCAUCUUUCCUCUCUCUUCUUCAACCACCCUUCCUGAGUCUUUGCCCUUGACCAAUGGAUCCAUUUCACCCCCAAUUACAACUCCAGCAAACCCAAGCACUUUAGGGAAAUAUUCUGGCAAAAAGAAACUAAGUAAAUCAAGGGACAUAGGUACUAAACACUCUAAAAACACAUUGCGUAAUAUCCCUGACCAAUCAGAUAGAGACAAUGGAGAGUGCCCAUAUUCUGACCUUGACUCAAUCCCUAAGAUUUUGUGUCCUAAUGCACUUGAACGUCAGUCCAAGCUAGUUCCAUCUCAGCCAUCUGUUACAGUUGUCAAAGAGGUAAAGAAGCAGCCAGAGAUUCAGAGUGGUCUUUGGUUCAGUAAAUCAGGCAAAGACAGACGACCUAAAACAACCAGCCCAAUGCCAGACCGCACUCUCUUUAGUAAGGUCCCCUGCAAGAAAAAGAACUCAUCUGUUGUAAGUAAAAAGUCACUGAUUCCUAGUGCCUCCUCUUCCAGUGGUGCAUCCAGUUACCAGUCAGGAUUGUCAGACAAGCAUGAGACUCUGGCACCUGCUGAAACACAUAUUUUACCUGAACAGUCCGGGCAUUUGAAAUGUAAAAACAGAACGGCUGCUAAAAUGCCUUUUGGUAGAGCUGGCAGUCCCACUGACCUGUCAGAAUUGCCAGAUAAGCAUAAGACUCCGGUACCUGCUGAAACACAGCAACAGUCAGGACAUUUGAAGUGUAAAAACACCCUUGUUGGUAAUAGGCCUUUUGGUGCAACUGGCAGUUCCGCUGACCAGUUAAAAUUGUCAGACAAGCAUAAGACUCUGGUCCCUGCUGAAACAAAUCUUCCACUUAAACAAUCAAGACAUUUGAAGCGUAAAAACACCCCGGGUGCUAAAAGGCCUUUUGUUAAGAGUGGCAGCCCCACUGACCAUCCAGGAUUAUCAGAGAAGCAUAAGACUCUGGUCCCUGCUGAAACAAAUCUUUCACCUAAACUGUCAGGACAUUUGAAGUAUAAAAACACUGCUGUUGAUAAAAGGCUUUUUGGUACAACUGGCCAGUCAGGAUUGUCAGACAAGGAUAAGACUUUGGCACCUGCUGAAACAAAUCUUCCACCUGAACAAUCAAGACAUUUCAAGCAUAAAAACAGCCCGGUUUCUAAAAGGCUUUUUGGUACAACUGACAGUUGCACGGACCAGUCAGGAUUGUCAAACAAGCAUAAGACUCUGGUAACCGCUGAAACAAAUGUUCCACCUAAACAGUCAGGACAUCUGAAACAUAGAAACCCCCUAGAUGAUAAAAGGCCUUUUGGUACAACUGACAGUCGCACUGACCAGCCAGGAUUGUCAGACAAGGAUAAGACUCUGGUAACUGCUGAAACAAAUUUUCCACCUAAACAGUCAGGACAUCUGGAGCAUAGAAACCCCCCAUUUGCUAAAAGGUCUUUUAGUAAAACUGGCAGUCCCACUGCCCACUCAGGAUUGCCUGAUAAGCAUAAGACUCUGGUACCUGCUGAAGCAAAUCUUCCACCUGAACAGUCAGGACAUCUGAAGCGUAAAAACACCCCGGUUGCUAAUAGGCCUUUUGGUACAACUGGCAGUCAGACUGACCAGUUACAAUUUUUGGACAAGCAUAAGACUCUAGUACCUGCUGCAACAAGGAUUACACUUAACCAAUCAAGACAUUUGAAGCGUAAAAACACCCCGGGUGCUAAAAGGCCUUUUGGGACAUCUAACUGUCACACUGACCAGUCAGGAUUGUCAGCUCAGCAAAAGACGCUGGUAUCUACUGAAACAAGUAUUCCACCUGAACGGUCAGGACAUUUGAAGCGUAAAAACACCCUGGGUGCUAAAAGGCCUUUUGGUACAACUGACAGCUGCACUGACCAGUCAGGAUUGCCUGACAAACAGGAGUCGCUGGUGUCUGUUGAGACUGGUCUGCUCUUUGACAAGUGUACAUUUUCAAAGAGCAGAAAGACGGUCAGUAACACAGUCGACACUGUGUCUGAAUCAUCGGGCCAAUUAAGUAGCUCAGAUGUUAAAAAGGCCUUGGACUCCAGUCCAUUUAGUUUCAAUGACUUAUCCAGGUUAAGUUUAAAGAGAGACAGUCAAACUCAAAAUUCAGACAAUAAAAAAGUCCAUGUAAUUGACAGGAUUUCUGACCAAGCAGAAGAAAAAGAAAGCAACAAGACUCCUGCGUCCACUUUGAAUGUUGACACUACUGACCCAUUAGCUAGGCUAGAAAAACACACAAUUAUUGUCUCUAAGUGUAGGCUGCCCUAUGUCAAAUUAAUACGCAAGGACAUCAAAGGUAAGAAAUUCCUAAAUUCCAGUGUAACCAUUAGUCCCAAUGACCAAAUGACUACACAGAAUGAAAAAACCCCAGAUACUAAUAUAAGUAAAAAGUCCUCUAAACAAUCCGAUUGCCUGGGUGGCAAGGCAAGUGUCUCCAUAGAUCAGGCAGGAAGUUCAGAAUCCAUAAAGGUCUCAGUUAAAAAGUUAAAAGCAAGUGGUGGGACUGGUAUUCUUCGUCUCUCGUCAGAAUCAUCUCAAGGUAAAACUAUCAUUGCCUCAGAUGUGGCAAGUGUGUCUGAGUUAGGUAGCCCAGAAACGGAAAGGGUACCAGGUUUAAUGGGAACCCCAAGCAAUGUAACUUGCCAAUCUUCUAACCCAUCAGAACAGUCAAAAGUUAAGAAGACCCCUGCAUCUAAUGUAGCAAGCAUGUUGUCUGACCAGUUAGGCAGCUCAGAGAAAAACAAAUCAUCUGCCAAUAGUACAGCUUUUAAUACAUUUCCUCUACCUUCUCACCGGCAUGGGGAUUUAGUAUGUAGGGAAGCUUGUGUGCCCGAAGGCCUGUCUUCUGCAAAUUCCAAGAAAGUUGUCCACAAACCAAAACAAGUACCAGAUGAAGUCAAAAAAGUCCAUAAACCUCCUGCCCACCUUCCAGCCAGCAGUCGGCUGAUGACCAGAGCCCUGAAGGCCAUGCAGGAGGCGGAAGAGAAAAAAGCCAGAAAGGAGUCUGAGCAGAAGGAACUCUUGAAUCCAUACAGAACAGUUGAGGACCUUGCAUGCAACUCUGCACGCAAUUACAAACUGGACCUUUGCACUAAAGUAGAAUCUGUUAAAUGCUAUUAUAAUAACAGUGGUAAGUGUGAUCAGGACACUAUUUCUAGCUGUAGCAGCACCCCUUUGACAUUUACUGAUUCAGUUGACUUUGACGUUGAUGUCAAGAGCGAAGAUGAAGACCUCUCAAUAUCUUCAACUCCACCAAUGGACUUCAUACCCCUUACUUCUAAAGUAAAGGCAAAGAAGGAAGAUCAUUCUUCUGACGUACACUCCUCGUCCUCACCUUCAUCACCAUUUUCUUUUAUGAAUGCCUUUAAAAACGUGGAGGAGGUAUCCUUCCAGUCCUUAACAAAUGACUGCGAUGGUAAACCCAUCUCUUUCAAACCAGACACAAACUACAAGUUCAGCACUUUUCUCAUGAUGCUGAAGGACUUACAUGACACUAGAGAGCGAGAGGGGACCCCCUUAGAACUGGAAAUUGGGCCACCAAGUGCACAUGUUAAGGAGGAACCCUUAGUGAUGCCUGGGGAUGCUACACCUUCAGUCCAAGAUCCACAAAUUGAACACCUUAAUACAAAUUUAAAUUCCAUUCCAGACAAAAGUGAAAUCAAACACAAUGAGGAGAGUAAGACGUCCAAGAGAAUCUCUAACAGAAGGCGCAGCACCACUGGGGUAAAAAAGAAAGCCCACCGCCAAGUGCCUUGUCGACCUGCCAGGUCUGGACCUGGUUUCCCAGGACUGGAGUCCUUGCCAGCAAUGGACUUUACAUCAGGAGUGGAUUGUUCAUCAAGAGUCCAAUCUCUGUUAGGCAUACAGACCAGCAGCUGGAAGACGCAAGCUGGAGGUGGUGAAGGAGUGGCUGGGGAGGAGAACAAGGAGGAAAGGUGGAGCACAGUAAAUGAGAAUCUACAGAACAUGGUGCCUUUGGAGCAGAGAGGAUGCAACACUACACUGUGUCUGGAACAACCAAAUGGCCUUGUUGCAGAGUGCACUGAGACUAACACAAGCUUGAUACACAACGAUGGAGAAGACGACAAAGCUCCAAAAGCACAUAAGCGAAUAAGAAAACCAAGCAAGAGGCUGAUUGAAUGGACUGAAGAGUAUGAUCAGAUUUUCUCCACCAGGAAGAAAACCAAAAAGCCUCUCCAGUUGAUCGGAAAGGCCACUCAGCCCACUUUGUCCAUGUCCGAACCCCCGGGAUCGGACAGCAGCACACACGACCCCCCAUCCUUGAGCUUGCUUCCUGAAAUACAGACCCCGCCUCCUGAGGAAAUUGCUGCAACAACGCCCUCUGAACUGCAAAUUCCCAACAUUGAGAACAAAACCCCCCAAGAUGCACCGGUGCUUUCCAUCGACACACUAACGCCUCCUCCUGAAGCGGACCCCUCACCGUCAGAAAGCCUCGUCAAAGGCAACGGAAACGUUCCCGUGCUGGAGAAGAAGCGAAAGAGGAAACCCACUCAGAAGAUCCUGGAGUACUGUCUGGAGGCCGAGGCAUCAACAGGCCCCAAGAAGAAGGUCAAAACACUGAAGACCAAUCCAAAUCCUGCUCCUCAAUCAGAUUCUGGAGCGCCAUCUUUAAAGUCAAAGAGUAAGCAGCUUCCUGCUUCCAGCUCUGGGCCAACACCCACAGAGGCUUCCACGUGUACCGCCACAGAUCGGCCUCCCAGCUCUCCUGCACCCUCCGCUCCGGCACCGGCACCGGCACCGGCACCGGCACCGCCCCCACCCGCCCAGGUGGAGACACCGUCAGCAGACGUUGAUGCUCUUCAAACGGAGGACAAAAAGGACACAGCAGAGUCAGAGGGUGAACCAUCCAGCUUGGAUCCCAGCUUCUCCUCCAUGAAGGACGACUUAUCCCUGAGUGACGAUCCACUUCUACCGUCGAGGAAGAUCAUAGGGGAGCGAGGAGGUCCUGCCUCCAUGAAGGAGAACAUAUGUCAGGUGUGUGAAAAGACGGGGGAGCUGCUGCUCUGUGAGGGUCAGUGCUGCGGAGCCUUCCACCUGCCCUGCAUCUCUCUGGCCCAAGCCCCCAAAGGGAAGUUCGUCUGUCCGGAGUGCAAAUCAGGCAUCCACACCUGCUUUGUAUGUAAAAAGCGCAGUGAGGACGUGCGGCGCUGUAUGAUUCCCGUGUGCGGGAAGUUUUAUCACGGCGAGUGUAUCGCCAACUUUGCCCCGACUGCGCCCGUGAACCGAGGCUUCCGCUGCUCCAUCCACGUCUGUCUCACCUGCUUCAUCGCCAACCCCAACAGCCCGUCCAUCUCCAAAGGCCGUCUGGUUCGGUGUGUGCGCUGCCCGGUAGCCUAUCACGCUACAGACCUGUGCAUGGCAGCGGGCAGCGUCGUCCUCUCCAACAACAGCAUCAUCUGUCCCAACCACUUCAGCCCCCGCCGCGGCGUCAAGAACCACGAACACGUCAACGUCAGCUGGUGCUUUGUCUGCACUGAAGGAGGCAGUCUGCUGUGCUGCGAGUCCUGUCCUGCUGCGUUCCACCGGGAGUGUCUGAACAUGGAAAUGCCCAAAGGCAGCUGGUACUGCAACGACUGCAAGGCGGGGAAGAAACCGCACUACAAGGACAUCCUCUGGGUGAAAGUCGGGCGCUAUAGGUGGUGGCCGGCGGAGGUCAGCCAUCCCAAAACAAUCCCGGAGAACAUCCAGCGGAUGAGGCACGACGUCGGGGAGUUUCCUGUUCACUUCUUCGGCUCCAACGACUACCUGUGGACCUACCAGGCCAGGGUCUUCCCUUACAUGGACGUGGACGCCAACAGCAAAGAGAAGAUGGGGAAAGGUGUUGACGCCACCUACAAGAAAGCUUUGGAGGAGGCGGCUGUUCGAUUUCGUGAGCUGCAGGCGGAGAAGGAGCUUCGGCAGCUACAGGAGGACAGGAAGAACGACCGGAAGCCUCCUCCGUACAAACAUAUAAAGGUGAAUCGACCAAUAGGAAAGGUUCAGAUCUUAACGGCCGACCUAUCAGAGCUCCCGCGCUGUAACUGUAAGGAGACGGAUGAGAGCCCGUGUGGGACGGACUCGGAGUGCAUCAACCGCAUGCUGCUGUACGAGUGUCACCCGCAGGUUUGCCCGGCGGGGGAGCGCUGCCUCAACCAGGCGUUCACCAAGCGUCAGUACAGCCAGGUGGAGAUAUUCAGGACGCUGUCUCGAGGCUGGGGUCUCCGCUGUGUCCACGACAUCAAGAAGGGUCAGUUUGUGAGUGAGUACGUCGGGGAGGUGAUCGACGAGGAGGAGUGCAGGUCCAGGAUCAGACACGCCCAGGAGAACGACAUCUGCAACUUUUACAUGCUCACUCUGGACAAGGACCGGAUCAUCGAUGCCGGGCCGAAGGGGAACGAGGCCCGCUUCAUGAACCACUGCUGUCAGCCCAACUGUGAGACGCAGAAGUGGACGGUGAGCGGAGACACCCGCGUGGGACUGUUUGCUCUCGUUGACGUCGCUGCAGGCACAGAGCUCACCUUCAACUACAACCUGGAGUGUUUGGGGAACGGGAAGACGGUCUGUAAAUGUGGAGCACCGAACUGCAGCGGCUUCCUGGGCGUCAGGCCAAAGAACAACCCUCCGUCUGAAGACAAAGGCCGUAAGAUGAAGAGGAGGGGCCACGGCCGGAGGAAGAAGAAGGUGGUGGUGACCAAAGAACGAGAGGACGAGUGUUUCAGCUGCGGAGACGGAGGACAGAUGGUUUCCUGUAAGAGACCCGGCUGUCCCAAAGUUUACCACGCCGACUGCCUCAACCUCACCAGGAGGCCUGCAGGUCGUUGGGAGUGUCCGUGGCACCAGUGCGACAUAUGUAACAAGGAGGCGGCGUCCUUCUGCGAGAUGUGUCCCAGCUCGUACUGCAACCAGCACCGCGACGGCCUGCUCUUCAUCUCCAAGCUGGACGGCAAGCUGUGCUGCAGCGAGCACGACCCCUGCGGGCCCGAACCGCUGGAGCCGGGGGAGAUCCGCGAGUACACGGCCGAGCCCGGAUCCCUGACCUCGGGGCUGGGCAUGACCGUCAUCUCCCCCCCCGCUGGUGCUGCUGCUGCUGCUGCUAACGGCGCCGCGACCAGUCAGAACCCGAGCGCCGCCGGGAAGCGCCCGGAGGUCAGCGCUGGCGCCGGGACGGCCGGCUCCGAGUCACUUCCCGCUUUGUCCAUCCCGGUACCCAUCACGAUCCCCGUGGCAACGUCUGCCUCCUCGCCUCCGGCCAGCAGCUCUUACGCUCCCAGCAGACCGCUGGUGUACGACCUCCCGCACUACUCGCCCAUCUCCUCGUACGAGGAGGAGAGGGAUGUCGAAGAGGAGGAGGAGGAGCUGGAGGAAGUGGAGGAAGACUUGGAGGAAGAGGGUGAGGUGGGGAGGCAGAAAUCUGGUCCUCACGAGGAGGAUGGAGAGGUGAUGGAAUACCUGGAAGAGGACGAGGACGAGGAGGAAGAUGAGGAGGAGGAAGAUGAUGAAGAAGAGGAGUGACGCACAUUGGAUUAUUAUUACAGGCGACACUACAGCCGUGGCCUAUAUCCACGACGUUCCACUUGCCGUGAUCCCUUCACUGGCGCCGGAAAUUCGAUUGGAUGUCCCUGUUUUAGGCCGGAUAUCCGUCACCUUUUACUUUCUCUGUGUUGGCGUUUUAAUCUCCGGUGGAUUUCUGAGGACUCUGGUUACCUGGUCCUCAGAUCUCUGCAGGGUAAAUCCAGACCGCUAGCUAGACUAUCUGCCCAAUCUGAGCUUUCUGUUGCACGACUAAAACAACUUUUGAACUUACAUGACAGUUGUGAUUGGUUAAAAGUAGUGCCGAUAAACCAGAGCACGUUUUUCUCCCUUCCCAGAAUGCUGUGUGGUCUGACAGUGAGAGACUAAAUGAAGAUGAACCAAAAACGAGGAGCUCAGUCUGUCACUGUUUGGAUGUCCGGAGGAAUCUUUGGGGACAAAACUAAACCAACACAUAAACUGUUACAUAGAUCAAAUAAAUAAACCGCAUACAAACAUGUAUAGAGCCAUAUUUAUACACAGAAGACAGUAUUUAUUUAGUUUUGUCCUGGAACGCUAGGUUUACUGAC